AUGGUUCAACCCGACCUUCUGCCUCUCGACUUCCCUUGUCCAGGCUUGGGCAACCUGGUAAUAUACGAGCCCUCGUGCUUCCUUCGGGUAGCAUGGCAGCUAGGCACCGGAGGGGUGUUACAGCUGAACGAUUUGUCUGUUUUUGCUUUCCGCUCAGAUAGGUUAACAAGAAUCCAAACAGUUUACCAGACUAAAAUACGGUGGGGGAGGCCCGUUGUGGACUCAUAUGUGGUAGAUUCUCUUCGAGAAAGAUCUCUUUCAGUAUUCACAGUCGGUAUUUCUGUCCAUGACGACCGUAAUGGUAACCAAAGUACUGUAUGCAGACAGCCGGAGGAAUUCUCUUCGGUUGCAUCAAUCAAACGGCGCUAUGAUCAAGUCUUUUCAAAGGUUGAUGAGGCGUUCGAAGAACUCGAUGAACAGAUCAGCGCCUACACAGUCAAUGUAGUUUAA